AUGGUCACCUGCAUGGAGAUGGUCAUCCCCGCAAUCAGCCUCACUACCAUUGACCUCAACUCUUUCACUGGCAAGGUCAACUUCACAGGUUCUUAUCCCACGGCACUUCAACCUCUGAUUGAUGUGGGCCCCAUUGCAACACUCUUUUCUCGCAGCACUCUCACCGCCGAGGCAUCCAAGGCCGUGACACCCGAGUUUUUGGCAGUUUAUACCCAGCGUAUUGGUUGCGGCAAUAUCAACAUGAAGGCGGACCAGGAGCUCUACAAGGAGGUCUCUGAACUGUUCUUCUCUUACUACGCAUCUUCGACUCUUGCUGACCACACCAUAGGCUUUUCUUGGCACCCCGUCACUCCUCACGCUGUACAAGAAUCUGGCAGAAAGGGCGGCAACACAGGUGACUGGCAGGAGGUCAAUCAGAACUCGCUCAAUCUGAGAACGAGCUGGGGUAACGCCGACGAUGAUGCGGCGGCCCUUCAGAUGGACGCUGACUUCUUGGCCAAGGCCACAGAGCUGGCUCGGAAGCGCGAUGCUCUAAUGCCGAAUCAGUGGAUGAACAACGCUGUCGAGACCGCCGAUGUCAUCAGCAGUUACGGAGAGGAGAACGUCAAGAAGAUGAAGGCUGUCUCACAGAAGUACGACAAGGAAGGAGCCUUUCAACGUCUUGUGCCUGGCGGUAACAAGCUAAUCCUGCCCUAUGGUCGAUGUGUGACAGAAGAGUGCAUUUAG